AUGCUUUUUCCAGAACUUUACACAAAGGAGAUUUUUCAGCUUCUUGUAUCUGCUUAUUCUACAAUAAGUGUUGAAGAUGCUGCUUUAUUUCUGGGAAUGAGUGAGGAUGGUGCUACAAGUUGCAGAAACCACGGUUUGGAAAUAUAUGUUUUUUUACGGAGAGCAGUUGCUGAAUUUGAGGCUAACUAUGUACUACAACAAGGUUGGACCGUGGACAAUGCCUCUCGGAUGCUUACUGUGAAGAAGCAACCUGUUGCGUCAGUGCAGAAACUUGAUCCUCGCAAAUUGCAACAGCUGACAGAAUAUGUCUUCCAUCUUGAGCAUUGA